CGUACUAAGGGAUACAUGGCGGUGAAUCCUCAUUUCAAGUUCACCAAUCAUUUCCUGUAUCUGCUUGUCGGUAGUAACCACCCCUGUAGUAUGGGCAAAGGUGUGUUCACUGGGGAGUUGAUCCGUAUCCGUCGGUCUUCGACCCUUGACCACCACUACGAAGCUGCUGCCGAGCGGCCGAAGCAGGCUUUCCGGGCCCGUGUAUACAAGCGCUCCAUCUUUCAUCUUUCAGACCCGUACACUAGGAAUGGAUGCGCAGGGAAGAGUUCUAGCAUCCGUAGCUGCCUCAGGGGGUGCCACUUCUCCCAUCAGCGUCGACUAGUCCGCCGAUCUCACUCAGCUCUGCUCUCCGAGCAUUCUGCUUCCAACACGACUUCCCGAAAGAAAAUGUCCUCGCGCAUUAGAAGGAGGUGAAAGAUGCACCUGCAGGAGAAUACAUGCUGAAGAGAAGGCAGAAACAUGCCCGGAUCCACCAGAACUAGUGCUGGCAAGUCAACAGAGGCGAGUACUGAUAAUGUUCCAGAUUGUGGUAGGAUCACAUAAGCAAAAUUGACACUGGGAGGCACGGCGGUGGGUCAGCUCAUGGCCAGCGCCAGCUCCAGUGGAUAUCACGUGCAUCCAGUUCUAGUACUAUAGUAUGACUGCUACAAAGUAGUGCGGCC